AUGUCGCGCCAAGAGAUAAUAGGCCCUCAAGGAUUGCGACAGGAUGGUCGUCGUGCCAAUGAAUUAAGAAAAAUUAAGUGUAAGCCUUCUGUGUUAAGCCAAGCUGAUGGAUCAGCUUAUAUCGAACAAGGAAAUACAAAAUGCUUGGCAGCUGUUUAUGGACCAAGAGAGGUAUUUUUGGAGUUAAUUACUCGAGAAAAAAAAAUCGCAUCUGCAGUCAAACAAACCUUUGAACCAGUUAUAAUGACUAGUUUGUUUGCUAGAUCCCAGAUUGAUAUCUAUUUACAAAUCUUGCAAUUUGAUGGAGACCUCAACAACGCUGAAGAAAUGGCUGAUACUCCAGAAUUAACAGUUGCAUUACUACCUAAGUCUGGAAAGUUUACACUUCUUCAGAUGGAUUCACGUCUCCAUGUUGAUAAAUUGGAGCCAGUGAUGAAUAUGGCUGCGUUAGGUUGUAAGGAUAUUUACGAGAUCCUAGAUGAAACUGUUCGCGAAUAUGUAAAGGAUCUACUUCAUAAGUCUUCACCUUAUUAA